CAGAAGCGAGAAGCCUCGAAUCGUGCUGAUUUCCGUCUUCUGUUCGGUUUACGCAACACAGGUGACGGACGGUUCGUUUCGCGAAAUUUGCCAAAUUGUCAGUGAAUCUGAACGCAAAAUGUUGCGUUUCAUGGGAGGACGUGUACAUUCCAUCGCGAGGAGCACGAUAGUGCCACGCAGCACGGCUAUCGGGGCACAGAAUGUUCGUGCUUCGCACGACGAGCCCGAGGAGUCCGAGGAGGAAUUCAAUAAAAAGUACACGACGUAUCUCAGUCGUCCGGACAUCGAUCACUGGGAAAUUCGUUCGGCUAUGAACACAUUGGCUGGUAUGGAUCUGGUGCCCGAUCCAAUGAUCAUUUGUGCAGCGUUGAGAGCCUGCCGGCGGCUAAAUGACUAUGGUCUCGCAGUGAGAUUCUUGGAAGUCGUUAAGGAUAAGUGUGGCUCGAAACUAAAUGAAAUCUACCCUUAUAUCCUGCAAGAGAUCAAACCUACUUUGGACGAACUGGGUGUCAAUACACCGGAGGAGCUCGGUUACGACAAGCCAGAACUAGCACUGGUGGCUGUCGAAGACAUACAUUAAUUUAUACAUCUAAGAACCCUCAUAGUAUUUAUGUAUAGAGCUACCAUUUGUUGGAUUAUUUCUAAAGAAAAGGAUUAAUCUUGAAAAUCAGGACGAAAAAGGUACUUUCUGUGUACAUACCUGUUACCAAAUACUGAUAUAAAUAAAUUAAUGUCAUUGUUUUAUGUAGUGCCUUUUCCCAUAUACAAAGCGCUCUGUCGAUCGAGAGAAGUAUUAUUAAAGUUAAAUAAUCGUUCGAACGACGUUUACCACGACCUUCGAAAUUAACGAAAACGAAAUGAUAUGUAUGUAUUAUAUUUUAAUCGCAACUUCCAUUGGUUCUUCGCGGUUGCAUCUAAAAUCUUAAUAUUUUUCAAUUUACCAUUUUUUUUUUUUUCUCUCCUUUUUACAUCAAAAGUAACCAAAGCGGAAAGGUGACACAACGACGACGUAUGUACAACUUACAUUGUAAGAUACACAGCGAUAAAGUCAUGUACACGUACAUCUAUAAUUAUCUAAAAUGGUACUACAUAUUCUUCCCCAAACGACAUUCAACUUAAUUUAUGUUCCGUGUGCUUUGUUACAAACAAGAACAAAAGAAAAAAAAAAAAAAUAAUAUAUAUAUAUAACACGGUCUUACAUGGGAGUAUCAAUAUAUUACAUUUGUAUGCAAUGGCCACAGUUUUUUAAAAAACAAUAUAACAAUUAAUAUCUAGUCUUUGCGAUCUGUUCUACCGAUAAUUAUUAAAUUUAACUACUUUCUUCUAUUAAUGUUAUAAAAACCUUUCUUUCUUUUUUAUUUUUUUUGGUAUCGUUCGUACUCGGUAUCAAGGGCAGUUUGUUGUUUCAAUGUUACGACUCUGCUUCCGGCGUACGCCUCGAGGAGAGCGUAUCGCACACCUACAGGAACUUCAUUCACGAUAAAAAUACAUGUACUAA